AAAUGGUUGGUAAAUGCAUGUCUACCCAAUGUUGAUGCAACUGCCAAAUCUAACCGACUUGUCCUCACACAUGAGAAGAUUUCAAUCUUAAUUCUAAUAGAGAAUCUUGAUGCUCAAUAAUAUGCCAGUUUAAAUGUGACAUCAAACUUUCAGUCGAAAUUUGAGAAAUACAAUGAAUAUUUUGACCUUGGUUGAUAGUCGCAAAUUGUCUGAAUGGGUCACCAUACUUAGUUCGAUGAUCUAGACAAGCUUCCGAGGAAUCAUCAACAUCGAUACCCGGUUACCCAGAGAACUCCAAACUAUCAACGUCCUCUAUCCUUUCUCAUCGACAUGGUCAAAUCGUGCCAGUAUUUGAACUGGCUUUUUGCUCCAAUUCCAGUAUGCUAAAGAAGUCAGCAAUCCUCCUUUCAUCAUGCAGUAAUCUGCAAUGCUUUUAUGCAUCGUCCCACAUAUCAACGACGUCACUAUCUUAUCCAUUCACAUCGCAAAAUCAUCAACCUCAAUACCUCUUCCAACGACGAAAAUAUGCCAUAAUAUCCGACGGACGAAGCGCAAAUCAACAUGGGGGAUUACGAUGGCCUGAAUUGACAUCCGCACAUGCCGUUCCAACUCCCUACCAAAUCUUCAAUCAGAAGAAAGGAUCUCCAUAUUCCAAACGACGUUUCUACGAACUGGUCAAACUUUAUCAUCCGGAUAAACAUGGCAUUGAUACAAACGACGGAUUAGAUUAUGACACUAAAUUAUCACGAUAUAGAUUAAUUAUUGCAGCGAACGAUAUCCUCUCCAAUCCCAUCAAACGAAGUGCAUAUGAUACAUAUGGCGCAGGCUGGAAUGGAUGUCCUGAUGUUCUCGAUCCUCGCGAUAGACAUGGCGAUAAUCGUGGAUGGGCAGGUCCUGGAGGACCUGCUCAAAACGCUACGUGGGAAGAUUGGGAGAGAUGGUACAAACGCGAUGCCAAAGGACAACAGGAACCACAAUUCUUAUCAAAUGGCGCAUUUGUCUUGCUGAUCGCAAUCUUUGUUGUGGUGGGCGGGUUAGGACAAUUGACUCGACUGGAUAAUUAUUCGAUGAAGUUUUUGGAACAGAGAGAUACGUUACAUGAUAAGAUGAGUAAGGAUUUGAGACAGAGGAGGAAGGAGACGAAGUAUGAAUUUGGGAGUAGGGAAGAGAGGAUACAUAGCUUUUUGAGGCAGCGACAGGAUCCGUUGGAGGAAACUUAUAGGAAGUUGUUGCCGAAUCCCGAGGUCUGCUCGAGUAAGGAUAUUAAACAGAGGUCGAUAGUGGUUUAUCAGCCACCAAAGAAUAUACCGAAGGAAUGAGAAGAGGAAUACUUGUGUAUAUACGGAGGAUGGUUAUGGAGACAUUUUCCAGCAGAAAUACAUGCAAUAAAUGCAACGGCUUCAGCCACAAUACUCAUUUGUGGCGCCAGGUCAGGUAGGCUCGCAAGCAAAAGACAUGGUGGGGUGGAAAUGUGGGGUUAUACGAGACAUUGAAGCUUUUAAGUUCUUAUGUGAGCGGGAUUGAAUAUGGAGCUGAUGAGGUUAUUGAUAUGCCGAAUGUCCCGGCUAUGGAAGGUUGUAAGAGCUAGAGUACAAGUAGUCAGUCACCGGCUUCACGGCAAUGUUGCUGCCGUUGCGCGAACUGCAACGAGCUGAAGGUACAUAGAAUAAUAAGCAAGGAGUGAAACGAUACAA